GAGCGGAGGUGCGGGAGGGGGGGAGCGGCAGCGCCGCGGUUGGCUUGAGCCAUCCCCCCUCCUCCGCCACUCUUAUGCUGUAUAACCCCCUUGACGUUUGCGCUGUGAAACUCGGGCGUUCCAGGGGAGCCAAGCCGCCGCCCCCGUCGUCGCCGCCGUCCGGCACCGUCGUGGUCCAGCUUGCUGCUUUCUGGGGACAUGCGGGAGAGAGAAUGAGCCAGAGCGACACGUUGGUGCAUCUGUUUGCCGGAGGAUGUGGGGGAACUGUUGGUGCAAUUCUAACAUGUCCACUAGAAGUUGUAAAAACACGACUGCAGUCCUCCUCUGUGACACUUUACAUAUCUGAAGUACAGCUGAACACCAUGACCGGUGCUAGUGUCAACCGGGUUGCUAGAGUCUCUCCUGGACCUCUCCACUGCCUAAAGAUGAUCUUGGAAAAAGAGGGUUCUCGUUCUUUGUUCAGAGGAUUAGGCCCCAAUUUAGUAGGAGUGGCCCCUUCCAGAGCAAUAUACUUUGCAGCUUAUUCAAAUUGCAAGGAAAAAAUGAACAAUAUAUUUGAUCCUGAUUCUACCCAGGUUCACAUGAUCUCAGCUGCAAUGGCAGGUUUUACUGCAAUUACGAUGACCAACCCCAUUUGGCUCAUAAAAACUCGGUUACAACUUGAUGCAAGAAACCGUGGCGAAAAGCGAAUGAGUGCUUUUGAAUGUGUCCGUAAAGUAUAUCAGACAGAUGGACUUAAAGGAUUUUAUAGAGGCAUGUCUGCUUCAUAUGCUGGUAUAUCUGAGACUGUUAUUCAUUUUGUUAUUUACGAAAGUAUUAAGCAAAAGCUACUGGAACAUAAGACUGCUUCAAAUAUGGAAGAUGAGGAGGACUCUGCAAAAGAACCUUCAGAUUUUUUGGGAAUGAUGUUGGCUGCUGCCACCUCUAAAACUUGUGCCACAUCUAUAGCAUAUCCACAUGAGGUUGUAAGAACAAGGCUACGUGAAGAGGGAACAAAAUAUAGAUCUUUCUUCCAGACACUAUCUUUGGUUGUUCGAGAAGAAGGAUAUGGGUCUCUCUACCGUGGUUUAACAACACAUCUGGUCAGACAGAUUCCAAACACAGCUAUAAUGAUGGCCACCUAUGAACUGGUAGUCUACUUACUCAAUGGAUAG